ACUUUUUUUUUUGCGGUUGCAGGAAAUCCCAUCCCGACCUCAAUCCUCAACCUCCUCCAGUUCGCAAAACUUCGCGCAACAACCACCAACUGCCAACACCUCGAUUGCGGUCUCUGUCUCGACAAUUACCCCAGACAUUUCGCAAUCAUGGCUCCCGCGAACCUGCCCAGCGUCUUUGACGCCACCAGCCAGGACAUCGAGACGCUCCUGGCGGCCCAGGCUCACCUCGGUUCCAAGAACCUGCAGGUUCACAUGAACCCCUACCUCUGGAAGACUCGCCCUGACGGUGUCAACAUCAUCAACGUUGGCAAGACCUGGGAGAAGAUUGUCCUGGCCGCCCGUAUCAUCACUGCCGUGGACAACCCCUCCGACGUCUGUGUCAUCUCUGCCCGUCCCUACGGUCAGCGUGCCGUCCUCAAGUUCGCCGCCCACACCGGCGCGCAGGCCAUCGCUGGUCGCUUCACCCCCGGUUCUUUCACCAACUACAUCACCCGCUCGUUCAAGGAGCCCCGUCUGAUCGUCGUCACCGACCCUCGCACCGAUGCUCAGGCCAUCAAGGAGGCUUCGUACGUCAACAUCCCCGUCAUCGCUCUGUGCGACACCGACUCCCCCACCGAGUACGUCGACGUUGCCAUCCCCACCAACAACAAGGGUCGCCACGCCAUCGGCACCAUCUGGUGGAUGCUGGCCCGUGAGGUCCUCCGCCUGCGGGGCACCAUCUACAACCGCGAGACUCCCUGGGACGUCAUGGUCGAUCUCUACUUCUACCGUGACCCUGAGGCUGAGGCCGAGGAGAAGGUUGAGGAGGAGAAGCUCAUCGAGGCUGAGCCUGAGCCCGUUGCCGACACCUGGGCCGCCACCGGUGGCUUCGAGGCUGCUCCCACUGGUGAGUGGGCUGCCACCGAGGCCGGCGCCCCUGCUACUGAGUGGAGUGCUGCCGAGGGUACUGGCGCCACCGCUGAGUGGAGCGCUGAGGCGGCUGCCCCUACCCAACAGUGGUAGAAAAUCAAACAAAAUUGGCGCUGCCGAGUGAGAGGGCCAGAACUUCGGGGCCGGAGUGGCUCAACAUGGGUUCGGGUGGUUGAGAAUUCAUUCGAGAGCAAAAGUCAACCCAAACCUGCACCAUGAAGGGAAAGAAGCCCGAGCAGGACCACCCGUUCUGUGAGGGAGAAAGCCCGGUGCGUUUGGGUUUUAAGGGUGGACGUAACAGUUACUCUGCUUUUGCUCAAAAAGAAGAUCAGCUCUCAUCUUUUUGAGGCCAGUUAGGUUCUAGACCAAAAGGGAUGGAUGGUACAGAAGACGCAGGAACAAAAAAAUAAUGCAAAAUCCGAGUUACUGGCUCCUCUAC